ACGAAGAAGAAGCUCACACGUGUUUACAGCACGUCCGCUUGAGUCGUCUUUCAACCUCUUCGUCAUCUUGUCAACCCCCGAAACGAGUUAAUUUCAACGCGUCGCUUAUAAAAAAGCAAGUUUUAAACGCCGACAUGGCUCAGAAGAAGAAGAAGCUGACCAAGAAGAAGAAACCCCCGGCUGGGAAAGAGCUGGACACCGACUCUGACGUCGGAGUCUUCGAAGUGGAGGUCCAACUCAAAGACGAUGAUUCCCCCAGAGGCAAGCUGUUGCCCUUCCCCGCCCCUUCAGACUGCCUGUCUGAUGUGGAACCGGACACCAGGAAGCUUGUCCGAGCCCAGAACAAGAAGAAGAAAAAGUCUGGAGGAUUUCAGUCCAUGGGCCUGUCUUUCCCCGUCUACAAGGGCAUCAUGAAGAAAGGCUACAAUGUGCCGACCCCAAUCCAAAGAAAGACAAUCCCAGUCAUUCUGGACGGCAAAGAUGUCGUCGCCAUGGCUCGGACAGGCAGCGGCAAGACGGCCGCUUUCCUGGUGCCCAUGUUUGAGAAGCUGAAGGCGCCGCAAGCCCAGACGGGUGCCAGGGCCCUCAUCCUUACCCCCACCAGAGAGCUGGCUCUGCAGACCAUGAAGUUCACAAAAGAGUUGGGGAAAUUAACAAAACUGAAGACAACCCUGAUCCUUGGUGGAGACAGUUUGGAGGAGCAGUUUGCUGCGCUUCACGAGAACCCUGACAUAAUCAUCGCUACCCCCGGCCGUCUCAUGCACGUCGUCCAGGAAAUGAAUCUGAAGUUGAAUCACGUCGAGUACGUGGUGUUCGACGAGGCCGACAGGUUGUUUGAGAUGGGCUUUGCCGAGCAGCUCCAGGAGAUCAUCAGACGGCUUCCUGACAUCAGACAGACGUUGUUGUUCUCUGCCACGCUGCCCAAAUUGCUGGUGGAGUUUGCCAGAGCCGGGUUGACAGAACCAGUGCUGAUUCGUUUGGAUGUGGACUCCAAGAUCAGUGACCAGAUUACGCUUUCCUUCUUCCACUUGCGAGUGGAUGACAAGCCGGCGCUGCUGCUCCACCUCCUGAGGAACGUGGUCAAGCCUCAGGAGCAGACGGUGGUUUUUGCCGCCACCAAACAUCACGUGGAGUACAUCAAGGAGUUGUUGUCGUUAGAAGGGAUGGACUGCGCUUACAUCUACAGCGCCCUGGAUCAGACGGCCAGGAAGAUCAACAUCGGGAAGUUCGUACACCGCAAGGCCAUGGUGCUCGUUGUGACGGACGUGGCCGCUCGUGGUAUCGACAUCCCGCUGCUGGAUAAUGUCAUCAACUACAACUUUCCCUCCAAGUCAAAGCUGUUCUUGCACAGAGUCGGUCGUGUGGGCAGAGCGGGGCGCAGCGGAACGACCUACAGUAUGGUGUGUCCGGACGAGGUGCCUUUUGUUUAUGACCUUCACCUUUUCCUGGGAAGACCCGUACAGUUGGCCACCCUAGAGCAGCCGGCAGGUAGGAACGACAACCAAAACAACCCAAAUAAUAUUUUUCUAAAUGCAAACGGUCCUUUAUUUUUAGAUUUAGACGGCAUUUUCGGUCGCGUGCCUCAGAGCAUCCUGGACGACGCAGUCGUCAGCCUGAUCACGGCGCACGAGAACUCCCUGGACCUGCAGAACCUGCACCACGUCUCGGAGAACGCAUACAAGCAGUACCUCAAGUCUCGGCCCAACCCCUCGCCGGAGUCCAUCAGACGAGUGAAGAACCUGGACCUGAGCUGCAUGGCCGUCCAUCCUUUGCUGAGGUCCACAUUGGAGAAAAGUGAGCUGGAACGUCUUAACAUGGUUGACACCAUCAAGGGCUACAGAUCCAAAUCUACCAUCUUUGAAAUCAACUCCAGGAGCAAGACGCUCGCCACUGAGGUGAUGCGAGCCAAGCGCUCCAAAGACUCACGGCUGGUGGACAGAUUCAGCAAGCACAGAGAAAGUCUGGCUGCGGAGAGGCUCCUUCAUAACCCCGUCAGUGUCCCAGCCGGAGAAGACGCUGCCGACUCAGGCGAGGAUGACGCGUUACAGGAGGUUUUCUCCGAGGUGGUUGGUGGGAAAAGGAAGAGUCAUCAGGACGGCGGAGAAGAGCGUCCAAGGAAAAAGCGAAACAAACGUGUGGCGGUCAAAGAUGAGGAGUACUACAUUCCUUACCGACCCAAAGACUUCAACUCGGAGAGAGGGUUAAGUUUGGGCGGAGACGGCAGCACCUUUGAAACGCAAGCCUCCUCCGCCGUCCUCGACCUCAUGGGAGACGAAGGAGAACGACUCAACCAGCACAAGAAGAUCAUGAAAUGGGACCGCAAGAGGAAGCGCUUCGUAACAGAAACAGGCAAAGAUGACCAAAAGAACAGGAUUAAACUCGAGGGGGGUCAAACUAUCCACAAGAAGAAGAACAGGAAAAACUUUUACGAGGAGUGGAAGAAGAAGUACAAAAUUGACGACGGAACCGCGGGCUUGGAUGGGGAAGGAGGCGGAGGAGGAGGAGGGAGGAGGCCACCGAAAGGUCGCGGUCGCAGUUCUACGGGUUCCCAGUUCCUGGCCAACGGUAGCAGGGUGCGCUCGGAGCUCAAAACCAGCCAGCAGAUCCUGAAGGAGCGCAAGAAGCAACAGAAGCAUCACUUCCUACAGAGUGGAGGCCUGAAGAACAUACGCGCCAAGAACAAGAAAUGGGUGGGAGACGUUAAGAAGUCCGGCUUCGGUCGAGGCAGCCAAAAGAAGGGCAAGAUGAGGAAGAGGAUGUGAGAACGAGCAACGACGUCGUAUUACAGCAUUUAAUGUGGAAAUGCUUGUUUUGGAUUUACGUCGUCUUUGUGGUGAACUCUCCAAAUUGGAAUGUUUGCGAAUGACUUAUUUGGUGCAUUUUUGAGUGCUCUACUGUGUACAUAUAACAUAAUUUGGAAAAAUAGACAUAAAAAGGGUCAACUUUU